AUUUCUGAGAGCACUGGUGCCUGUCAAAGGAGCCACUAUGGUAUCUGGGCUCCUGCAGGGUUAGGAAUCCAGGCUGCUCACUGUCUGACCAACCCAUUGUGCUUGUCCAUUGCUCCCAGAUCCCUCCCUGCACUAGCUUGGAAACUUCCAUCACAAAUAGCGGCUUGUCUUUGGGCAUUUCUCCGCUGACCCUUCUGUCCUCUUGCAGGCUGCUCCUCCAGCAUCCCUGACCAGUCACCCUGGCGGAGCUCCGUGGAGUUCCCAGGUGCCCUCAGUUUGGGGCAAUCUCCCUUUGCAGAAGGGCUAAGCAGGCAGCAGCUUCGAAGCCUCCUGCCCGACUCUGGCACAGGAGUGACCAACAAAGGAAGUGUGGAUGACCGGAUUGAUGCUGUUGGGCCUGAGAGAUCCCUUGCUGGCCUGACCAGAGGCGCUGCUAGCUCUUCACCCGCCGCAGGGCACACGGAGUACCUCCUGGGCAGGCAAGGCUAUGAAGGGUUAACUCCCCUCUCUGCACUGGGGAGGAGGAGCAGAGAAUGUGCAGCAACCAUGCUGAAUUAGCAGCCCUGUCAACUGCACAGUCGGACCAGGCUUGGGAAUGGGCUGAAGGGAGAGUAAGUGGUGGGCUGGCCCAGCCCCGACUGCCCCUUCCUGAGGCUGAGGUGAGGUGCCGAGGGGAGCUGGUCUCUAGCACCAAGAAGAUGCAGCAGUUUGACCUAGAUGAAUCUAGCGCCUCUGAGGGAGGAGGAGGAGGGGAGGAGGAAUCCUGGCUGCUCCCUGGCUUUGGCAGCUCUGCUCUGCAGCAGCGGAAGGAGGAAGUACUGGGGACGAGGGCUGGCAUGGAUGACUUCAAGGAGUUUCUCCAUGGCACGCUGGGGAUCCACCUCUUUCACUUCUGGAUGGACUGUGAGACUGUCCUGGAGCACACACAGUGCUUGCAAGCUGGUGCUGCCCAGCGGGAGGCCCAGCUCCUCUGUGCCAGCCUCUGCCGGAACCUUCAGGACAAAUACAAGUUGAGCCUGUCUCUGGCCUCCCAGGAGCCAACGGGCGAGACUCGGGGCAGCAUGGAGGCAACUGUUAUUGUCUUCAGAAGGAGUCAGUACGAUGCGCUGCGACGCCUCCGCGCCUACUGGGUUCCCAGGUUUCUCCUCCACCACCAGAGAACCAGACCCCUCAGGGCUAGCCCCACCCCAGGCUCCUGGACCAAGCCAAGAUCGCCUGUGAAUGCCGACUUCCUGCCUUCACUCAAGGUGUCUGCAUCACUUCCUGUUGUGGGUUAUGGAUGCACGAGCCACACGAAUAGAAGCACAGACCGGUUCAGCCCCAUGCAGCUUCCGCACUCGGGUGCAAGCUGGCGAGGGAGGAUUGCGUCAGCUCAUCAGCCAGAUCUCCCAUGGAACCUCUGUGACACACCAUUGACCUCCCACUUCCUCCAAGCACUAAGGUGUGAUCGUGGGGCAGGGGGGAGCUUUCUCUACUACCUGACCAGGUUUGAGGAUGCUCAGAAGGUCCACAACUACCAGCUAUGGCAAGCUUUGGAGGAGCAGCAGGCCACUUGGCAGUGGCAGGCAGAUAGGCUCCAGCCCCAUCGCUCAGCCUGGCAGAUCCUCCACGUGUACUUGGUGCAUGGUGCGCCAUGCGACGUCGGACUCAGCUCCGAUAUGCCACAUUACAUCCAGCAUCUCCAGGCAACGCUCAGCUCCAGCAACCAACCCCUGGAGCCUUUGGCCCUGGAACCGGUGGCUCAGCAUGUGCUUGCUGUUCUCUCUGAGGCCUGGCUCCGCUACCUCCGCUAUGAGAUAGCCACCUUCUUAGAGGCCAGGAAGAGGCAGGGAAAUACCAGCUUUCAUGCCCAGGAAGGCAGCAAGCAGCAGAGGAGGCAGCAGAAGAAAGCAGCCAAGCCCCAGGGCUCAGACAGCGCUGGCGUGGCAAGCAGGGAAGGGUCAGUGACACCACAGUGCCCCCUGGAUCUGCUCAACAACAAGGUGGUUUUCAAAGCCUAUAAAAAGGCGGCUCAGGAAAUGCAGGAUGUGGGGCUCCACAGGGUGCUGGAGCUAAUGCAGAAGCUGGAGUGCUGCCAGGCAGCCCCAGAGGGCAGGAAGCGGCUGAGCUGCGUGGACCUCUUGGACCUCUGUGGCCAGCAAGGGGAUGAGGCACUGAGCCGUGGCCUCCCCAGGGAGCUGAGAAAGAGACUGAGGGCAGAGGUGGGCCGGGGAAGAGUCAGCGACUCAAGCCUGGGAGAUAUCCAAGCGGCCUUGCUUGCACACAUGGCCCCGGCGUUUGAGAGCUUCUGGGCCGAGGUGAGCAAUGGGCUGGGCAGGCACGGAGUGCAACCCUUCAAGAUCCAAGACAAGCGCUGGCCCAAGCUGGAGCCACUCCUGCAUUUGCUGGCUUCCAAGGUGGCCCUCAAGCGACUAAGGAGCAGGAAAGCCGUUGGGGGGUCAGCAGCUACAGCCCAGCCCAGCCGGGAAGACAAGGGCUCCUUCGGCCAAUUCCUCAGGGCUGCUGCCGAAGGCUGGCCCACCCUGGAGAUGCUGCACUUCCUCAAGCACCUGCAGGUCCACGGCCCCCGUGUGCUGGAGCAUGGCCUGCAUUUCCAGCUGGAGGUGCAGAAGUUCAAGAACGCCCACCAUGCUGUGCCAGACAGGGCUCUCCUGAGGAAGAAGGUGCAGGUGAUCCGCAGCUGCUUCCUAGUCUCCCAGCUGGAGCCCCGGCUGCAGGUGCUGGUGGAUGCUGAGACGCUGGGGAGAGCUGUCCGGGCAGCAGAGCAGUCCCUCCAGCAGGAUGCUCCAGCCCCGCCUCCAGGCCUGUUUGAUGAGCUGAGGGACUCAGUCUCCAGCACCCUGCUGCCAUACUGGGCUGGGUUCCGGAAGGCCUGGCUGAAGCGGUCACUUGCGAGUGCCCAGAGAGUCCCGGUGCUGAGAGCCCAGCAGCUCCUGCAGCAAAGCCAGGCCCUGUUGGAGCAGCCCCAGGGCCCGCCGCCACCAUGCCAGCUGCCUCCUCUGCAGCCGCGCCCCAACGUCAAGGGGAACAAGCAGCAGGACAGUGUCACUUACACCUUCUCCAUCAGCAGGGGCAUUGCCCUGAAGGCCACCAGCAGAGAAGAUACAAGCUCUCAUAGCAGCCGUCCUCCUGUGCUUGGAAAUGUCAAGAGAUCAGCCAGAGUUCAGCUUCCUCCCCGGUCGGAGGUACCGGUGCUGCCGUGAGCAGCACAGAAAGCACUCCAGCCUACAGUGUUCAAUGAGGAGCUGUCACACUGGCAACACGGGUGGUAGCUAGAGGUGGCCAUUGGACUGCAAACUCAAGCUCUGAGCUGUUGUAAUAUAGGGAAGGCAAAGGGACACGAGCUAGGAGACCGAUCUGGGAACAGGGACCGUGCUGCAGGCUGGCAUGGUAAAGCAAUGCCCAGGCACCUCUUGGAAGUCCUAGGCCCUGAGAGAAAACCUAGGGCUGUGUCUACAUUGG